AUGGCUCGUGGCCCCGGCGGGGAGCAGCUCAAGUCAGCUUUUUUCUGCUUCCACUACAGCACAGAGGAUGUCAAGAGGUCAGACUGUGGAGGCCAGUUCUGGGCCAUGCAAGAAUGUAUGCAGAAAUACCCACACCUCUAUCCCGAGGAUGAUGAUGAUGACGACGAUGAUGAGAGGAAACCUCACCCUGGAGAGAGGCCUCAUGAAUGUAAGGAAUGUGGGAAGACUUUUAGUUACCACUCUCGCCUCACUAGACAUACAAAAACUCAUAGAGGACAGAAGCUUUUUGAAUGUGAGGAAUGCGGGAAAGCCUUUAGUCGUUUCUCAGUGCUGGCUACCCAUAUACGAACUCACAGCGGAGAGAAGCCUUAUGAAUGUAAGGAAUGUGGGAAAACCUUUAGUCGUUCCUCCAACCUCAGUAGACACAGAAGAACCCACAGUGGAGAGAGGGAUUAUGAAUGUAAGGAAUGUGGGAAAGCCUUUAGUUUGUCUUCACACCUCAGUAGACAUAUGCGAACUCACAGUGGAGAGAAACCUUAUGAAUGUAAGGAAUGUGGGAAAACUUUCAAUAGUUCUUCCUCCCUCACAACCCAUGUACGGAUUCACAGUGGUGAGAGGCCUUAUGAGUGUAAGGAGUGUGGGAAAGCAUUUACUCAUUCCUCAACCCUCACUACACACCUAAGAUCUCAUAGUGGAGAGAGGCCUUAUGUGUGUAAGGAGUGUGGGAAAGCCUUUGUUUCCUCCUCAGCUCUUACUAUGCAUUUACGGAUUCACAGUGGAGAGAAGCCUUACAAAUGUAAAGAGUGUGGAAAAGCCUUUAGUAUUCCUUCAUCUCUCACUAUACACAUACGCUCACACAGUGGAGAGAGGCCAUUUGAAUGUAAGGAAUGUGGGAAAGCCUUUAGUCGGUCUUCACACCUCAGAACCCAUGUGAAAACACAUAGUGAAGAGAGACCUUAUAUAUGUAAAGCAUGUGGGAAAGCUUUUAAGCAUUCUACACAACUGAAUAGACAUGUAAGAGGUCACAGCAGAGAGAAGACUUAUAAAUUUGAGGAUUAUGGGUAA